CACACCCGAGUCAGGAAGACGACUCUGUUUGUCUGUUUAUGCUUUUACAUUUCUCACAUUGCAUCUCCGUCCGACACGACGCCGUCUACUGACUCUCUUCUCAAUUCUCAUUCUCCACCUCGCACACUCCUCACUCCCCCAAUUCUCAAUCUCAAACCCUCUCUCUCUCCGCCCACACCACUAGAUCCACCACCGUCACCGACACUCCCUCUCGGAUCCGGAUCCGGAUCCACCACCAAACCCCAAACCUGGAGCAGUUAAAGACGAUCGGGCGCGAGCUCGCCAUGGGUUCCCAAGGCGGGUUCGGUCAAUCCAAGGAGUUUCUCGACCUCGUCAAGUCCAUCGGCGAAGCCCGAUCCAAGGCGGAGGAGGACCGCAUCGUCCUCCGCGAAGUCGAAACCCUCAAACGCCGCAUCGCCGAGCCGGACAUCCCUAAACGGAAGAUGAAGGAGUACAUCAUUCGCCUCCUCUACGUCGAGAUGCUCGGCCACGACGCCUCCUUCGGUUACAUCCACGCCGUGAAAAUGACUCACGACGACAAUCUCCUCUCCAAACGCACCGGCUACCUCGCCGUCACGCUCUUCCUCAGCGACGAUCACGACCUCAUCAUCCUCAUCGUUAACACCAUACAGAAGGAUCUCAAGUCUGAUAACUACCUCGUUGUUUGCGCCGCGUUGAACGCCGUCUGCCGCCUCAUCAACGACGAGACGAUUCCCGCCGUUUUGCCCGUCGUCGUCGAACUUCUCUCGCAUUCCAAGGAGGCAGUUAGAAGAAAAGCAGUCAUGGCGCUCCACCGGUUUCAUCACAAAUCACCUUCCUCGGUUUCGCACCUCAUUUCGAAUUUCCGGAAGCGAUUGUGCGAUAACGACCCUGGUGUGAUGGGUGCUACUUUGUGCCCUAUCUUUGACCUUGUGAAUGAGGAUCCUACCCCGUACAAGGACCUUGUUGUUAGCUUUGUUAACAUUCUUAAACAGGUCGCGGAACACCGGUUGCCCAAGAGCUAUGACUAUCACCAAAUGCCUGCUCCCUUCAUUCAGAUUAAGUUGCUGAAAAUUCUGGCUUUGUUGGGGAGUGGGGACAAGCAUGCAAGUGAACAGAUGUAUACGGUUGUUGGCGAUAUAAUGAGGAAGAGUGAUUCAUCGAGUAAUAUAGGGAAUGCUAUUCUUUAUGAGUGCAUAUGUUGUGUCUCUUCCAUAUAUCCCAAUCCGAAGAUGUUAGAAUCGGCUGCGGAUGUGAUUGCCAAGUUUUUGAAGAGCGACAGUCAUAAUCUCAAGUACAUGGGCAUUGAUGCCCUCGGUCGGCUGAUAAAGUUAAGUCCACAUAUUGCAGAACAGCAUCAACUAGCAGUCAUUGACUGCUUAGAGGACCCUGAUGAUACUAUGAAGCGGAAAACUUUUGAACUGCUAUACAAAAUGACAAAGUCCUCCAAUGUGGAAGUGAUUGUUGACCGUAUGAUUGAUUACAUGAUUAGCAUAAAUGAUGAACAUUAUAAAACCUAUAUAGCAUCUCGAUGUGUAGAACUUGCUGAGCAGUUUGCACCAAGCAAUCAUUGGUUUAUACAGACAAUGAAUAAAGUUUUUGAGCAUGCUGGAGAUCUUGUGAAUAUCAAGGUGGCACAUAAUUUAAUGCGGUUGAUUGCUGAAGGAUUUGGAGAGGAUGAUAAUGGUGCAGAUAGUCAGUUGAGAUCGUCUGCUGUUGAGUCGUAUUUACGCCUAAUUGGAGAGCCGAAGCUUCCCUCUGUGUUUCUUCAAGUCAUCUGCUGGGUUUUGGGGGAAUAUGGCACAUCUGAUGGUAAACAUUCUGCUUCCUACAUCACUGGGAAGUUAUGUGACGUAGCAGAGGCAUAUUCUAAUGAUGAAACGGUUAAGGGAUAUGCAAUUUCAGCGAUGACAAAAACUUAUGCAUUUGAAAUAGCAGCUGGGAGGAAGGUGGAUAUGCUACCUGAGUGUCAAUCUUUGGUUGAAGAAUUAUUGGCAUCCAACUCCACUGACUUGCAGCAACGUGCUUAUGAAUUGCAAGCCCUUAUUGGUUUGGAUGCACGAGCUGUUGAAUCAAUAAUGCCGCAAGAUGCAAGUUGUGAAGAUAUUGAGGUGGAUAAAAAUCUUUCUUUCCUCAAUGAUUAUGUCCAGCAGUCUCUAGAAAGGGGUGCGAUGCCCUACUUUCGUGAGGAUGAGCGGGCUGGAAUAGUGAAUAUAAGCAACCUCAGUAGCCAGGAUCAGCAUGAAUCUGCACAGCAUAGUCUGAGAUUUGAAGCGUAUGAACUUCCCAAGGUUCCAGUACCAUCAAAAGUUGCUCCAGUUUCUCUUUCAUCCUCAACUGACCUUGUUCCAGUACCUGAGGCAUUGUAUUCUAGAGAAACUCCCCAGAUCUCUUCAGCGAGAGUACCAUCAGAGAUAGGAUCAUCAGAUCUUAAGCUAAGGCUUGAUGGUGUUCAGAAGAAGUGGGGUAAGCCAACCUAUUCAUCUCCAUCACCAUCUUCCUCAAGUUCUACUUCCCAAAACCCAGUGAAUGUGGUGACUAAGACGGAUGUUGCUACUGCUGUAAAUUCAAAAGUACGUGAUAGCUAUGAUUCAAGAAAGCAACAUAUUGAAAUUUCACCAGAAAAGCAGAAGCUUGCUGCUUCAUUGUUUGGUGGUUCCACUAAACCCGAGAAAAGAACAUCAACUAGCAAUAAGGUUCCAAAGGCUAGUGCUAGUGCUUCAGACAGAUCUCAGGAACCGAAAGCUGCAGUUUUACCCAAGAAAACAGCUGCAGAGAAAACCAAUCAACAAUCUCCUCUUCCAGAUUUGCUUGACUUGGGUGAACCAACUGUUACUGCUACAGCUCCCUCUCUGGACCCAUUCAUGCAAUUGGAAGGACUUCUUGACCCAAGCCUUAGUUCUACAACAAGUAAUAGUAGUAGUGCUGCUACAAAUACACCUGACCUUAUGGAACUCUAUUCGGAAACUACUGCUAGUGGACAGAGUGAUAGUGGUGGCUAUUCUAUCCCCCCUGUGAGUGGGGAUAAUUUAACUCUUUUAUCUGAGUUGUCGAACGCCACUGCCCGAGAUACCAAAGGAGAAACAAUUGCAAUGCCUUUGUCACAAUCCGUAAAGGGUCCGAACGCUAAAGAUUCUUUGCAGAAGGAUGCAAAAGUCAGACAGAUGGGUGUCAACCCCUCAAGUCAGAAUCCCAACUUGUUCAGGGACUUGCUUGGCUAAUCUGAUCAAAAGAACAAAUGUAAAUCAUAUGAUGCUUCAGGAUAGAUUACCUUGCGACUUAAAGCUCAUGGAGUUACCAGAACCAAUUGGCUAUCUGAUAUAUGCGAAAAUUGAAUAGUCUAAAAUAUGAUCUAAGACGGUUGCAGCCACCAUUUGGGUGAUUCCCUAUCCAGGAAUUAUGGCUAAACCAGGUAAAGAUCUGUUCUAGUUGCAGAAUAGCUUUAGUUGCGAUCGAAUGCAUGAAGUGUUCCUCGUUGAAUCCAGGUUCUGGUCCAUUCUAGACGCUGAAGGGUACUGUCAGUCAUUUCAUUUUACACUUUAAUGGAAGUCCAGUGUCAUCUUUGUUGUUAUACCAAAGCACUUUUUGUUUCUUGUUUUUUGCCCCAAUUUUUGUGCAUUUUCAUACCGCUGUCUACAUAAUGGAUUUUUUCCCAUAAAUGAGAAGCUUGGUACUGCGGUCAUAUCCAGUUUGGUGUAUGGCAUUUGUAAACGUGAAAUUUUUAGUGAUAAAUGAAUUCAGCUAUUCCUUUGUCGAA